AUGAAAGAAAAGGACGAUGAGUUGAUUCUGGGAUUGCUUACUCCCCAAUGUUUCGAAGCGUUUGUGACUCACCAUGACUUUACUAACGUAGAGUGUAUUAAAGCUGUGGUCAGCAAGGCGUUGAGUUAUGGCAUUAUCAUGGGCAGUUUGAUCCUUAAACUACCGCAGAUUCUUAAGAUUAUGGCGGCAAAAGACGUCACGGGCCUCACCCCAAGCGCUUUUUACAUGGAAGUGGUACUUUACUUAUCCAGUACGAUAUACAACCUCUUACGAGGGUAUCCGUUAACUACGUGGGGUGAGAACCUAGUGAUUCUUGCUCAAAAUAUCCUGUUGGUGCUAUUGCUAUGGGCAUAUUAUACACCAAAGAUACCAGUUUCGUCUCGAUUUGGACUCGUGCUGGUGUUUGCUGCUAUGGGAAUGGGCAUGCUCUCCAUUCCGGAAGAAUUGCAGUGGCUCCUAGCGUCUGCUGGGAUCCCCGUGAGUAUUGUGGCUCGUAUUCCACAGAUCUUGUCCAACUUUAAACAGGGUCAUACGGGUCAAUUGGCGCUCAUUACACUUGUGCUCAACUUUGCCGGAUCAAUUGCGCGGCUGUUUACGACGUUGCAGGAGACGGGCGACCCGGUGCAAGUUGUAGGCUUUGGUGUCGGGAUCUUGCUCAAUGGCAUGCUUGUAUUACAAGUGCUGUUAUUCUGGGGAGCUACGAAUAAGGCUCUUGCUCAGGCGGCUAAGAAGAAGACCCAGUAG